GGCCUUUCUGUAGCCUCUCUCUACUGUAUUCAGAUACGUGCCUUUGUGCAUUAGUACGACGUGACCCCAAUGGCUUCAUAGCAGCCUUAAUUUUUGUGUGUUUUUUUUAAGUGGAGCAGGCCAGACCUGUCGGCUUUCACAGACCGUCUCCAAAUGCGUUCAGGUUUAGCGGGACUCGCGGCGGAGAUGCUGUGCGGCGUUACCGGCACAACCCGGCCGAGGCUCAGCCGCCUCUUACUGGCCCCCGCUACCAAAACAUUGCCUCCGGUGUCAGCUGCUGGAAGCCGAAGAUUUCGGUCCACAUCCUCGAUGCAAGGAUUUUCAGAGUUAGCGAGAGAGCGGUCGAAGACUGUCACGUCUUUUUACAACCAGUCUGCAAUCGACGUGUCUGCAGAGAAGGCCUCAGUUCGUCUAACCUUAGCGACCCUGCUGUAUUCCGGGAAGUCUCCUGAUGGACACCACAUCUUGAGCAGUGCCAGGUAUCUUCACAAGGAGCUUCCUGUAAGAAUCGCCCAUCGUAUCAAAGGUUUCCGCAGUCUGCCAUUCAUCAUCGGCUGCAACCCAACCAUACUGCAGGUGCAUGAACUGUACAUCAGAGCCUACCACAUGCUCAGCGAGUUCCCCCAGAUCAAAGAUCAGGACAUGGAGGCUCGGUUCUGUAAGCUGGUGCAGCAGCUGCUGGACGACCACAAAGACGUGGUCACCAUGCUGGCUCAGGGCUUCAGGGAGUGCCGCCGACACAUCCAGGAUGAGACGAUCAUCCGCAGCUUCUUGGACACAACGCUGUGUUCUCGUCUCGGGAUCCGAAUGUUGGCCACUCAUCAUCUGGCUCUGCAUGAGGAUAACGUACAUCCGGAUUUCGUUGGGAUCAUAUGCCGACGUCUUUCUCCUAAAAAAAUCAUAGAGAAGUGGGUGGACUUUGCCAGACGUCUGUGUGAGCAUCAGUACGGGAAUUCCCCCCGAGUGAGGAUCAACGGACACGUAGCGGCUCGCUUCCCCUUCAUCCCUCUGCCCCUGGACUACAUCCUACCAGAACUCCUUAAAAACGCCAUGAGGGCCACCAUGGAAAGCCACUUGGACACUCCUUACAAUCUCCCCGAUGUGGUUGUCACUAUUGCCAACAAUGACAUCGACUUUGUCAUCAGGAUUUCAGACCGCGGCGGAGGCAUUCCUCACAACAUCCUAGACAAGGUGAUGGACUACCACUUCAGCACGGCGGAGGAGAGCGCGCAGGACCCCCGCAUGAGCAACAUUUUCAACAACAUCACCAACAGCGGGAACCAGUCCAGCCCCAUGCACGGGUUCGGCUUCGGCCUGCCCACCUCCAGGGCCUACGCCGAGUACCUGGGGGGCUCCCUGUCCGUACAGUCCAUGCAGGGCAUCGGCACCGACGUUUACCUCCGCCUGCGCCACAUCGACGGCAAAGGAGAGAGCUUCAGAGUGUGAAAGCUCCGCCCCCUUUAAUCUUUGUAAGUCUCAACAAACGGAAUGAGGCCAUCGGGGGGGUGGAGGGGGUUUCCCACUAUGAAGGCUGGCGAGGAGGAGGACGAGGGGUCUCCCUGUCGUAACGUCCGUUGUUUGUUUUUGCCUUAGACUGAUUAUAAGCUAUGUUAGCUCUCAAGUUGAUGAUUUCGGUGUUUUGUAACCAAGCCGGCACGUCGUCUCCACGGUUUUUUGACUUGUUUUAUUUUAAAUGUUUGAACUAUCGGGACAAACUGUGCAUGAUGGUGGAUUAAAGACAGUUCCUUUUUUUUUUUUUUUUCCAAGAAGCUCAAUUUAAAUGUUACGAGGCUUCAAAAUAAAAGCAUACAUUUCAAA